AUGUUUUCUCUGCCUUGUCACCUCACUUGCUGUUUUUCUUCUUCCUCCAUAGGUUAUGGCCAUGCUGUACCCUUGUCAGAUGGAGGGAAGGCCUUCUGUCUCUUGUACUCCAUCAUUGGCAUCCCUUUCACCCUCCUCUUCCUGACGGCAGUGGUCCAGCGCAUCACCUUCUAUAUCACCCACAGACCUGUUUUUUACUUCCACACCCGCUGGGGCUUCUCCAAGCACACUGUGUCCCUCGUACAUGCGCUCGUCCUCGGAUCUGUCACCAUGUCCUUGUUCUUCCUCAUCCCAGCAGCUGUGUUCUCCAACCUGGAAAGUGACUGGAACUUCCUUGAAUCAUUUUAUUUUUGUUUUAUUUCCCUGAGCACCAUUGGCUUAGGGGAUUAUGUUCCUGGAGAAAGUGAUAAUCAGAGAUUCAGAGCCAUCUACAAGUUUGGAAUCACGUGUUACCUGCUACUCGGCCUGAUAGCCAUGCUGGUGGUCCUGGAAACGUUCUGUGAGCUCCGAGAGCUGAAAAAAUUCAGGAAGCUGUUCUACGUGAAGAGGUUCAAGGGCGAGGACCAAUUGCACAUUUUGGAGCACGAUCAGCUCUCCUUCUCCUCUAUCUCAGAGCAGGCAGCUGGUCUGAAAGAGGACCAGAAGCAGAAGGAGCCCUUUGUGGCGGCUCAGCUGUCCACGCAGUCAGAUGGCUCUGCCAACAAUUAAAAGUAGGGCUUUGCUCCCUGAUCUCCGAGCACCAGAGUCAUGGCAGUCAGAGGCAGACUUGAUUUUCUUCCUUUUUAUGAGAAUGUAAAAACCAUGGUGAUGCUAUUUUAAUAAAUAUGUCAGUUUGCAGUAUUUUUUCAAACAAAAAGCAGACAAGCACGUGAGGCAGAGGAAAGCUUUUGCUCUGAAGGAAGGAAUGUUUCGUGUCUGAGGAAAUAGGAUGAGCACCUGUCAUUUUUACGUGGCCAAAUGAUGUAUGUAGACGAUUGUAGAUUGAAAAUACUGGGAGCUGUUCUGUUGUGGAUAGAUCAGUUUUUAUAUUUUUAAUUAGGGACUUUCGGGUUUGCAUUGAAAUUAUUUAGCCAUUGGCUUAAUAGAAAAAUUUAUAUUUAAAAACAAGAACACACAAAAAGGCAUAGAGUUGUAUUUUAAAAAUAAGUUUAUGCGUAUGGUUGCAUGCGCUUAUCCAAAUUGAUUAUUUUUUUAGAAUCUAAGUUAUAACCUACUAUUUAUAAUCAAUAGAUAGCCAUUUAAUGUGUAAAUAAAAAGUAUAAAUAUGUUUUUAUUCUGUAAAUAUGUUUUUGAUCACCACAUCCCAGUACAUUUCUUUUUUUAAUAAAUCAUUUUAUUGGGAGUUCGUACAACUCACCACAAUCCAUACACACAUCCAUUGUGUCAAGCACAUUUCCCAGUACAUUUCUUAACCCAAGAGUGUAGAUAUGUUUUCUUUUGAUUUCUCUAUAUGCCCAAGAAAUACAGAUUUGCUGAAAUAAGAUAAAAUGGAAGAAGAUACUUACAAGUGAAUAUCUAUGGCAUUCUGCCACAGCGUUUCUACUCUCUGGCAGUAGCAAGUCUUGGACGCCUAAAAUGUUUGUAAAUGAUUCUUUGAAAGAGAACAGGUUGAUAGUGAAGAAUACAAUUUGUAUCCUGGUCAAUGUGUACAAAGAUAUUUUGUUUUGAAAGGGUUUUUGUGAUUUAGAGCCUAGAACUUGAAACACAUUUUCUCUGUGUACAUAAUGUACGGCACACUCAUGUACAAGAGGAUCUGACCUGACUCCUGGGAUCCGUUAACAGAAUUCCCAAUUCCCCUCAGCAUUUCUUCUCCAUCUGUCUUCAGCUGGAAGUGCUACUGAAACCUUCUGAGCUUCUUAGCAACAUUCAAGGCUCCACUGAACCACCACUUCAAAACUGAAAAAAUAACAACUUCUUAAUCAGGAUAUCGUUAAGAAAUAGCAGUGUAGUACUUAAUUUUAAGACCUUUUCUGAGUCUAUAGAGAAUACGCCAAAUCUUAAUGCUCUCCAAACUGCUAUUGUUAAUUUGAAGGGUGAGGUACAAAACCAGAAAUAAAAUCAGUCUUCUGACCUCAUCUGUUGGAAAAUGA